AUGGUCUCGUUCAAGACCGUCGUUUCCGCCUUUGUCGGCCUUGCAGCUAUUGCGCAAGAAACUCUGGCACAUUCAACUCAGCGGAACCCGCUGAAGUACGUCACCGUCCUCGAAGAUGCCGUCCUGCACUCGCCCUCACAACAUUGCCAUGCCCUGUCCCACUUCGACCUCACUUUCACCCUGCACGACAAGAAGCAACAGGUGCGCAUGGCAUUACAGCCGAACGAGGACAUUCUCGGCAACGAUUUCCAGGUGAACUAUUUGGGUGCGGACGGAACCAUUCGCAAGACGGAAGCGGUCGACCGGACGGAGCACCGCGUAUUUAGAGGCAGUACGUUUAUUCGACAUGAAGGUCAUUCCGAAUGGACAAAUGUUGGCUGGGCGCGCAUUACGAUCCACCGAGACGGUGUCGACCCCAUUUUCGAGGGCGCGUUCCGCAUUGACGGCGACCACCAUCACAUCCAGACUGGAUCCAGCUACCGCGCACGCAAGCACCGCGAAGACCCCGAUGCCCCCGACAGGCGUAACCCCGACGACUACAUGGUGGUUUGGAGAGACUCGGACAUCAUGGAGUACUACUUCGACCGGGAGGACUUGAAGCGGGAUGUUAAAGGCCGGACCUCUUGCAACUCGGACAACUUAGACUUUAACGCCAACUACGACCUCUUUGACGCCCGGGCGCCGCCCGACACCCUCCAAUCCGUAUCGAGCAACUCUCUCUUCGGAGCCUCGCUGUUUGGAAGACAGACUGACGGCGGCAGCACCGGUAACAACGGCGCUGGUGUUAAUCUGGUUUCCACCAUUGGACAAACCAAUGGCUGUCCGUCUACGCGCAAGAUUGCACUGCUGGGCGUUGCGACCGAUUGCACUUACACAGCUGCUUUCAACUCCACUCAGGCCGUCAGGGCAAAUAUCAUUCAAGUGAUCAAUGCUGCGUCCGAAGUAUAUGAAAGCACUUUCAACAUCUCGCUCGGUAUCCAGAACCUUACCAUCAGCGACGCAAACUGUCCUGGGCAAGCGAGUUCCUCCGCGCCCUGGAACGUGGCGUGCAGCCCGAGCAUUACUAUCACGGACCGGUUGAGCCUCUUCUCGCAAUGGCGUGGUAACUCCAAGGACACAAACGCCUUCUGGACUCUUCUGAGUACCUGCGGUACCGAUUCUGCCGUUGGCCUGGCGUGGCUGGGACAGGCCUGCACGAGCGGAUCUCAAGGCUCAGGCCAAAGCAGCAACGAGACGGUUGCCUCGGCCAACGUUGUUAUCCAGACGCCAAGCGAAUGGCAGGUUGUUGCCCACGAGGUCGGGCACACAUUUGGUGCCGUGCAUGACUGCGUAUCAUCCACUUGCAGCAAUGGUGAUUCCAGCAUGAACAGAUGCUGCCCACUGAGCUCCAGCCAGUGUAACGCUGGUGGGCAGUUCAUCAUGAACCCUUCGACUGGAUCCGGUAUCAGAGCUUUCUCGCCCUGCAGUAUCGGCAACAUUUGCUCUGGUCUCCUCCGCAACCAGGUCAAGUCCACAUGCUUGACUAACAACCGAGACGUAAAAACCAUUCUGGAGAGCCAGUGUGGCAACGGCAUCGUGGAAUCCGGUGAGGACUGUGAUUGCGGUGGCGAGAGUGGUUGCGGUAACAACAGGUGUUGCGACCCCAGGACCUGCAAGUUCACUACCGGCUCGGUGUGUGAUCCAUCCAACGAGGAUUGCUGCAACGGCCAAUGCCAGUUUGCCUCCAACGGAACCGUGUGUCGACAAAGCACCGGGUCCUGCGACCCCGUGGAAACUUGUAGCGGCACUUCAGCCUCUUGCCCUAACGAUCGCCAUAAGGACGAUGGAGAUUCUUGCGGUGAGUCAGGCCAAGGCUUGACUUGCGCUUCCGGCCAGUGCACUUCUCGUGAUCAACAGUGCAAGACUGCUUGGGGAUCUCAGACCGACACAAGCAGCGUGACCGCCUGCGGUAACCAAGAUUGCUUGAUUGCAUGCAAUGUCCCGGGCCGCCCCGGUUGCUCGGUCAUGAACCAAAACUUCCUCGAUGGUACCUCCUGCCAGGGGGGAGGCAAGUGCUCCAACGGCCAGUGCGUGGGAUCCAACGCUGGUGAUGAGAUACUGGAUUGGAUUAAGAACAACAAGACUAUCUUCAUCCCGGUUGUCUGCGUCGUUGGAUUGCUUGUUCUUAUUGCUUUGUUCAGCUGUAUCUGUGGCGCAUGCCGUAGAAGUCGAAAUCGCACCAAGGCUAGGAGGCUUAGACCCGCGCAGCCGCCCAUGAACACCUGGAACAGCUAUGGAGGGGCUUGGGGCAAUCCCAAUGUGCCGCCUCCACCACCGGUGGCCACCCGUCCGGGAGGCCCGCCCCAAUACUCGCCUUACCCGAACAACGACUGGCAGAUGCAUAGAACGCAGAGUGCUAGAUACGCAUAA